CGCGCUGAAGUGCAGCGUUAUUAUAUACACUAAAGAGACUCGUUCGCGCGUGUGGAAAAGCACGUGAUCACCAGAUACCAGAUUAUGAACCACUGGACUGAUUAAAAAGCUUGAACUCAGAAGAGUCUUCUGGACUUUAACUCAGAAGAAGUGUCGGAUUAAGAGUUUUAUUUCUUUUCAGUUUUUUUUUGUUUGCUGGUUUGGUGAGAAUGAAGCUGGUAAAGAGAGCUCAGAUAGCAGCUGGAAACAAAGCGGAUUCCCGAGUUUCUUCACCAACACACUUCACAAAUCCUUUUAUAAACGAUCUGAGGUUCACUCCUGCGCAGAAAGUCACGAUUGCAUUGAUGUCUGUGACAGUGUUUCCGGUGCGACUGCUCUGCUGUGCCUUUUUCAUGCUGCUUGCGUGGCCUUUUGCGUUUGUGGCCACUGUGGGCCGCACCGAGGACGUUGUGGAGCCCCUUUCCUGGUGGAGAUGGCUGGUGGAUCUCAUCAUGAAGGGCCUCAUGAGGGCGUUGUGGUUUUCCGGAGGUUUCCACUGGAUUCGGGUAAAAGGCAGACCGGCUCUGGCCAGUGAAGCGCCCAUCCUCACGCUGGCACCACACUCGUCUUACUUCGAUGCCAUUCCUGUGACCAUGACCAUGUCAUCGAUGGUGAUGGUAUCAACCAGCAAAGACAUUCCUGUCUGGGGAACACUGAGUAAGUUCAUCCGUCCGGUGUUUGUGUCACGCUCGGAUCCUGAUUCCCGUAGGAAGACGGUGGAGGAGCUUAAACGCAGGGCACACUCAGCAGGCCAGUGGCCUCAGAUGAUGAUUUUUCCCGAGGGAACCUGCACCAACAGAUCCUGCCUCAUCACAUUUAAGCCUGGUGCGUUUAUUCCUGGGGUUCCAGUUCAGCCAGUGACUCUGCGCUAUCCUAAUAAACUGGACACAAUCUCGUGGACGUGGCAAGGACCUCGAGCGCUGAAGCUCCUGUGGCUCACGUUGUGUCAGUUGCACAAUUCUAUAGAGAUCGAGUUUCUCCCAGUUUACACACCAUCGGAGGAAGAGAAAAACGAUCCUGCUCUGUUCGCCAACAACGUGAGACGCAUCAUGGCCAAAGCUCUGCAAGUACCAACUGUGGACUACUCGUUUGAAGACUGCCAGCUUUCAAUGGUCAAAGGUCCCCUGUGUUUGCCCAGCCACUCGUGCUUGCUGGAGUUCUCCAGACUGGUGCGUAACCUUGGUCUAAAGAAGGGAGUCACAGAUCAGUUUCUGCAGGAAGAGGGCAAACGAGCCUGCAACCUUUCUGGACACAAACUUAGUCUGAAGGAAUUUGCAGAGUACUUAAAGCUUCCAGUGACGGACACUCUUCAGGACAUCUUUGCACUUUUUGAGGAGCAUGGUCAGAUGGAUGUGCGGGAAUACGUCAUUGCGUUCUCAGUGAUCUGCAGACCCUCUAAGUAUCUCGACACCCUUCAGCUCGCCUUCAGCAUGUUCGGGGCUGAGGAGGACGGCGCAGUUGUAGAAGACGAGUUAGCAGUCAUUCUGAAAUCAGCUCUUGGAGUGGAGGAUCUCGAUGUGGGCGAGGUCUUCAGAGCUGUUGAUACUGGAGACACAGGAAAGAUUGUCUUUGAUGAUUUUUGCCGUUUUAUGGAGAGCUGUCCGGACUUCAUGGAGGUGUACCGUUGUGUCGAAGGAUCAUUCGCACGCAUGUGUUCUGGACUCAUGCAACCUGCAAGCAACAGCUUCUGCCCUGACUUUAGCCCUCAGGACCAAAACACACACAACACAAAAGACAGCAAGAAACAUGACUGAUCUAUUUCUGAGCGGUCGACCUGUAUGGAUGUUGUGUUCAAGAGUGUUUGAGAGAAUGACAAAGAAAAAGAAACUCUUUUCUUUCUUUUGGAUUCGAAUGUUUUCUACUGAACACUGAAUUUUUGUUGUCACUGCAUUAACAGGUCUUCCAAAAACUGAACGGACUCUAAAUUUUAGUUUGUGCAUCAUCAUCAUCAUCAUGACUAUUAUUAUAACUAUUAUUAUUAUUAUUAUUAUUAUUCUCAUUAAAGGAAAUCAAAUACAUGAACC